CAGAAGUGUAGAGUCAAGUAAACGCUCGUACCUAUCUCUUCUCUUCCACACUCCGAUCGAGAGCACUCUGCAGUCUGCAUUCUAAUCUAGUGCCAGAUAGCAACGUCGGCCGGAGCUCAUGGCGAGCACGGUGGUGAGCAUGGCGAGAUCCAUGCUGGGCGCUGUCAUCAGCGUGGCCGCCUCCGCCGCUGCCACCGAGAUGAGCCGUCUCAUCGGCGUCCGCAAGGACAUCUGGUUCAUAAAAGACGAGCUCAAGACGAUGCAAGCAUUCCUAGUGGCUGCUGAGAAAACGAAGAACAAAGACUUGCUACUGAAGGUGUGGGCCGAGCAAGUAAGAGAUCUAGCAUAUGGCAUCGAGGAUUGCCUUGAUGAGUUUAUGGUGCAUGUGGGAAGUCAGAGCAGGUCUCGACGGCUGCUUAAGCUGAAGGACCGCCAUCGGAUUGCCAGCCAAAUUCGUGAUCUCAAAGCAAGAGUAGAAGAGGUGAGCAGCAGGAACACACGCUACAACUUGAUCACCGUUGAUGCCUCCAGCAGCAUUGAUGAGGUGAAUUCCUACACGGAAGAUAUUCGCAGCCACUCAGCUAGCAACAUUGAUGAGGCAGAGCUUGUGGGCUUUGCUAAGGCUAAACAAGAGCUGAUUGAGAUGGUGGAUGUCAACUCCAGAGAUGGUCUUUGCAAGAUGAUAUUUCUCGUUGGCAUGGGCGGUUUAGGCAAGACUACUCUUGCAAGGAAGGCAUAUGAAAGUAAGCAAGAUAUCGUGAAUAGAUUUUCUUGUUGUGCAUGGGUCACCGUCUCACAGUCCUUUUCCAAGAUAGAGAUGCUCAAGGACAUGAUUAGGCAACUUUUGGGUACCGACUCGCUGAGGAAAUGCUUGAAAGAUCUUGAAGGGAAGUCGGUGCAGGUAGAUGAUCUCGGCAUGUACCUCAGGAAAGAGCUAGAGCAGAAGAGGUACUUUAUUGUUCUUGAUGAUUUGUGGACCAUCAAUGCAUGGAAUUGGUUCAAAGAUUUUUCUUUUCCUAUUAGGAACAACAAAGGUAGCCGAAUAAUUGUAUCAACACGAGAUGUGGGCUUGGCUGGGAAGUGCACUUCAGAAUCACUUAUUUACCACCUUAAGCACCUGCAAAUAGAGGAUGCCACAAAUUUGCUACUAAGAAAGACUGGGAAAACACAGGAAGACAUGAAAAAUGACAAGGAAAUGAUGAUAGUGGUCAACAAAAUGGUAAAGAAGUGUGGUGGUCUACCACUCGCUGUACUCACUAUAGGAGGCAUGCUUGCCAACAAAAGGGUAACAGAAUGGGAAAAUAUCUAUAAACAAAUCCCAUUAGAGCUCGAGGUCAACCCUAGCCUUGAAGCAAUGAGGAGGAUAGUUACUAUGAGCUACAACUGGCUGCCGUCUCAUCUCAAAUCAUGCUUUCUGUAUCUAAGCAUCUUUCCUGAGGAUUUUGAAAUCAAAAGCAGCCGUUUGGUAGAGAGGUGGAUAGCUGAGGGGUUUGUUAGAGCCAGAGUUGGAGUAAAUAUUAAGGAUGUUGGAAUAAGUUAUUUCACCGAGCUAAUCAACCGAAGCAUGAUUCAACCCUCAAAAGUGAGCAUAGAAGGAGUUGUUAAGAGCUGUCGAGUCCACGAUAUUGUGCGUGAUGUCAUGAUCUCAGUUUCUAGAGAUGAAAAUUUUGUGCAUGUGGUGGGAAAUAAUGUAACGGGUGCUAUGGAGGAGACCUUCCGACAUGUAGCAUACCAUGGUAGCAUGUGCCAAAAGAUAGAUAUGGAUUGGAGCCACGUCCGGUCAAUAACUGUGUUUGGUGAGAGACCAUUGCGGCCAUCACCUUCAGUUUGUUCACCUGGCAUGAGAAUGCUCCGGGCCUUGGAUCUAGAAAAUGCACAGUUUCAAGUCACACAAAAGGAUAUCAGCAACAUAGGAUUGUUUCGCCACAUGAAGUAUCUGAAUUUUUCUUACCCAGCAGGGUAUUCACAUAUUUAUAAACUUCCUAGAUCCAUAGGGAGAUUGCAAGGGUUGCGCACUUUGAACAUUAGAGACAGUUAUAUUACAGAACUGCCAACUGAGAUUUGUAAACUCAAAAAUCUACACAGUCUUCGUUGUACCAGAAAUAAUUCCUAUGAAUACUUUGACCUGAAUGACACCAAGAAUUGCUUGUUGAGCACAUUCUGUUGGCCCGUGUUGUUCACACCUUUGGCAGAUCCUAGUGAGCGUGCCAGGUUAGUUACUGACCUACACAUGGCAUGGUCUAGCUGUGGGUCCGAGUCAGUUGGUGUGAGGGUGCCAAAAGGAAUUGGCAAACUAAAAGAGUUGCAAGUACUAGAGGUCGUGGACAUCAGCCGAACCAGUGGCAAAGCAAUUAAAGAGCUAGGUGAGCUUGUGCAGCUGAGAAAACUAAGCGUGGUAACAGAAGGGCCCACCAAGCAGAAAUGCAGGGUACUCUGUGAUGCCAUUCAGAAGCUCACUUGCCUCCGCUCCCUUUCAGUUGGUGGCUCACUCGAUUGGGUGCAUGUUGUUUCCUCUCCUCCUCCCCUGUUGAGGAGUCUGAAGCUGUAUGGAUGCCUUGGAGAGCUUCCUGGCUGGGUUGGCAAUCUGGUGCAUUUGGUCAAACUUUACUUGUGCGGCAGCGUAAUAAAGGAAGAAGGUAAACUCAUGGAAAUGCUAGGGCCACUUCCCAACCUCAUGCGCCUUCGUCUUGGAGAUGACUCUUAUAUUGGGGAGAAGUUGGCGUUCAAAACGGGAGCAUUCCCAAAUCUCAAGAAGCUUGAAAUUGAUUAUGUGAAAGAACUGAGAGAGAUCAAAUUUGAGGAUGGCACCUCACCCCAGCUGGUAAUGAUUGAUAUCAGUUGGUGCAAAUUGGCAUCAGGAAUUAUUGGAGUCAACCAGCUUCCAAAGCUCAAGGAUAUCGCACUUGGUUCCAAUGGUCGAGUGGCGAAGCUUGCUAUGCUGCAAAGUGAAGUGGACGCACACCCCAACAGUCCCGUGCUGCGACUCAAGGAGGAGCGGAACAAGCACGACCUGGGAGGCGUCGUCGUCCAAGUGGAAGAAGCAACGGAGGAAUCAUCAUCUCUCCAUCCUGACUGUGCAUCAGCGAGCUCACGAUCCCAUGCGGUGGUGACGCCAAACGUCAGCCAAGACGAUCUGCUUUACACUUACAAUUCGUGCUGACUUAAUCCGAGCAAGUCUCCUGCCACUUCCACCACAAGCAACACUCUGCAGGCAGAAUUAACGGUUGGGCGAACACUGUCUCUUCCAAUCCAAUGCUCCCGUGAUCUUGGAGCAAGCUACAGCAUCAUUUCCAGAGGACCAGAUGUCAAAUCAGUUCUUCACCAUGGAGUUGAUCGACGUGGUGUCAAAUCCUAUUUUCUUGGACUCCUUCCGCUUCCGGUUGCAGCUCGAACAUCAAUUGACUGCAUCUUGCAAUGUUCAGAGGAUAAUCAUAAUGAUCGCUUGCUAAUUAUCAAUAGAGACUUGCUUUAUUUGCCCAUGGGUCUCUGUUUGUAUGAUGCCAUGCUAUAUUUGGCACUGAAUCAUAACUGUAGAAUGACGACACCUGCUUACUGUAUAAGAUUGUGCACUGGAGAAUGCCGACCCCGACGAAGAGCAUAGACAGGCCCGUCCAAUAACCAUGCCGCUGUAUAACUGCAUGAUCAUCAGCCAAGUGCCGUUAGGAAUUCAGACUUGUGAAGAAAAUCAGCAGCUACAAGCCCACUUCAUCAUCACUAAAAGAAAAAGUGGGAACUUCCUGCAGCCUGCAGGAAGUUAGGAUUUCUCAACCUGGGACAAGCUGGAGCAUGGCAUCAUUAAACUCAUGAUGCAAUUAAUGUGACUUAUGGCAGUGGAUUACCUGAUUUUCUGCUGAAGGUUGUAUAAUAGCAAGGAGCCAACUGGAGGAAGGUGCCAUGGAAGUACCAGAGGAAUAUUGAUAUUACGGAGGAGCUGGAGCAACUCUCAGACAUGAGGUCUGAGCAGGGUGCAUGCCUCUGCAGCUGAAGUGAACAAAACAUUUCAGCCAUCCAGUGCUUGAAAAGGAAACUGAAUGUUCUAAAGUGUGAACUGUGAUCACACCAUAAAUGCUGGGGAGACAACAUUGGAAAAUGCAAUGAGCCACACCACACAAGAUGUUGCUACCAAUCAAGCCGCAUAUACGUACUGUUAAGCUGCAAUUGGCCAUUACAUUCAGCUAUCCAAGUUCUCUCUGCUGGCAGGCAGCCUCUAAUAUGGUGCAAGGUGAAGCUGAGAGGGACCUCAACGUUUCUACUCUGUGAAUGGAAGAGGAGUGCAUUGAUCUUCGGGUUUCAAUGCAAUGAAAGGGGAGUAGCAAGCUGCGACGCCAUUUUGACAUCUCAGAAUGUUUACAAGUUGCAAGUGUUGGCCCAGAUGAAAAAUUGGGUUCUUAGGGAACACCAUGGAAUGGAAUAGAUGGUCAACCUGAUGGAAAGACCUUCAAUUUUGAAUGCAGACUUACUUUGUUUCCUAGUACUCUGUUUUCCUAGAGAUGAUUGAUUGCUCUCCAUUUGUUGCUGCCACUAUGUCUGCGCUUGUUUGUAAACAGAGAAUGAUGAUUGCAUCUGUCCU